GGUAGUCAACGGUAGCUAACUGUAGAUAACGGUAGCUAACGGUAGUUAACGGUAGCUAACGGCAGUUAACGGUAGCUAACGGUAGUUAACGGUAGCUAACGGUAGUUAACGGUAGCUAACGGCAGUUAACGGUAGCUAACGGUAGUUAACGGUAGCUAACGGUAGAUGGAAUUCAAAUAAUAACGGCUAACGGUUAUAGUUGUUGCUACUGGAGACUAACUCACCUUUCUAACUAAAUUAAAGUUGAUGGUUUAUUUAUCCAACAUAGUCGGUAAACACACUUUGAAACAUCUUGGUCUCCAUCUGACGGUAAAUCACUCUGACCUGUGGACCAUAACGUGAUUCAACAUGAGUCGAUCAUCUGCUGUCAGAAGUCAAGUACCACUGAAUGUUUCUGAAACAGACCUGAACAAACUGCAGCUGCAGUAUCGCAGAGCUGAGGAAGCCAAGCGGGAAUAUACUAAGAAAACCCAAAACCUCAUCUUAAGAGACGAACGAGAGAUCCAGAGGCUCCAGGAUGAACGUGAAGAGCUUUUACGCGGUCUCAGAGUCUCUCAGAGUCAUUUUAAACGUUGGACUGAUGCUUGCGUUGCUCAAGACCUUACUGCCAUGUUGGCCUGCGGAGACAGAAUAGAUGUGGAGCUUGACGCAGAAAAAGCCAAAGUGGCAUCUUUGGAAGAUCAGAUUUUAGAAUGGGAGAGGAAGUUGGCAGGAAAGAAGGCUCGUGGGGAAACUACACAUAACUUACUGAAAAACAUUCGCCAUAUAGAAAACAAACUGGACAAGGAUCGCAAAUGCUUCAAUAAGAUGAUGAGCAGAAAUGGAGAGUUGAGGGAGGAGCUGAAGCAACUGGGGGAAUACCAAGGAAGAGGUGCCAGAGAGUUAACUCUGUAUUAUCUCAUCCAGGAGCUGCAGGCAACUCACAAGGAUAUUUGUAACCUGAUGACUAAAUGCUCUAAAGCCUUCGAUGACAGUGUGAAGAUCCGUGACAGAAAGAGGAUGCUGGUGGAUCAGAAUGCUAAGGACAUGGCUCUGUGCAUCAAAGAGAUGAGCAACCUGGAACGAGAAAUGUAUCAUUACUGCAACUCUGUGGUUUUCCUGGACAUAAAGGCUGUGGCACGCACCAGCCAGGAUGUCGACCACAGAAAAGUGGAGCCCAAGAAUUUGGAGUCUGAGGAAUUGGGAGCGGAAGAGUUUGAGGAUGCGAUCAAAAAGAUCCUCACAAAGACAGAAGAAAGCGACCUGGAGACACUGGUCAGGAACUUCAUACAAAUGGAGGAGCAGAGCUACACUUUACUGAAAUUUGUCAACUAUCAGCACAAUGAAGCAGAGAGCAUUCAAAGGCAGAUCUCUCAGCUUUGCGAUGAGAGGGAGAUCGUAGUGGCUGAGGAGCAGCGGCAGCAGGAGCAGCAUCGGGCUUUGCAGAAGAAAGUUUCCAUCAAGCGAGAGGAAACGGAGCAGCAGCUGGCAGGUUAUCAGAAGCGUGCCGAGGUCAUCGAAAAGCUCCUCGAUCAGCUCAAAAAAGGUGUUGGAUCAUUGCUUCAGAUCAGCUACGGCAGCUCUGUGACUUGUGACCAGUUGGGCUCCUCUGAUGGCGUCCAUGAUGAAAUCAUCAUCGAGUACCUGAGGAGGGUGGAGAGCCGAGUCAUCGAGCUCCUCACUCUGCAGUCCUUCCUUCACUACCAGGAGAGCCCUAACCAGUGGGACACUGACAGUCUCGGCCGCAUUGCUGGGAAGCUCCUGGGAAUAACCCCCCCAGCUGCCAACCUCACCACUGCUGCUGUCGCCACUCCUGCACCUACCGACGACCAGGACAAGGUGGAGUCGGUGCUGCUGGAGGCAUCGGAGCCAACGAGUAGAAAGGAUCUCCUGAAACUGAUCGAGAAUGAGAUGUCCUGGCCGAAAAGAAGAGAAAGUUUUCUUUUUGUUACCCCUCAGAACCGGAGGAAAGGGAAUAGCGACUUACCUGAUCUUAACGGUUGAUUCUGCUCCUCAGAGCUGCCAUGAGCUACUGGAAACAAGUCUGUGCUGAGCUUUUACAUUUCCUUAAAGCUGUAUUAUACUGUAUGAUUUUUAGUGAUUGUUUAGAUGGACGUAAUAUGAUCUGAAGCUUCAAUAUAUCUGUUAUUGACUUAAAAGAAAUGUGAGAGCUAAUGGCAUAUUUAUGUAUAUUGUAUAUUAAUGCAUAUGUGUUCACAGUCAGCGGUACUUAUUUAUUUUAGUUGUUUAAUGUAUUAUUCUCUCCAUAGCUCAGUAGUAUUUGGAUAUCACCAUGAAACUUCCCCAGUUGAUAACUUACAUUAAGACACAUUUUUUUUUUGUAUUAAAAGUUUUCUGAAAAUGUAUUUUUAAAUAUGCAAAUGAGGCAUUAUCUUAUCAAAUCUGUGCUAAUUUGCACACAUUUUCAGAACAGAAAUCUGAACAUUGGAUAAAGCCAGGUUGUUUCAUUUUGUUGACAUAUUGCAGUCAAAAGAUUUUAGACAAGAUUUUGAAUAUCAAUUUUUAUAACUCUGUCAACAGCCAUAAAAAAACAUUUCCGCCAUGUUUUUAGGUUUAAAAUAUAAUAUAAAUCAGACUGUGAAUGAUAUUUGAACAAACCCCUGAGUAAAAACCUUCAGGAUAUCGAUAGGAAUGAAACUGGGAAGUUUGGUGGAUGUAAGCUGCUGAAGUGGAGAUUUCUGAGAAAAAACUCAUUUAAAGAAAUCAGCCUUUGAAGAUA